AUGGAACUUCUCUUGAAAGGGAAAGAAACGGUCAGCAGGAAAGAAAAGAACAUCAGAAUCCAGGUGAAACUCGAGAAGCCGACCGGAAGACAUCACACCACAAUCAAUUUUGCUGAACUUCUAGCUCAAUUGGAGCCACAUUCGGAUGAUGAAGAGUCCUCGGACGAUGACUCAAUUGUAAGAUUUUACUUUAUACCGAUUUUUUGAUGUUACACAUGGUCAUCCAAUUCGAAAAGUUUGAGAAUUUUUAUAAGAUCUUUGUUGGAGGAUGUGCAGAGUGGCUUAAUAUGAUAUUUCAGGGCUCAGGAGAAGCCCCGGACCCAAGCCAAAUGCUGGAUUUGGAGGAUUUGAUGGCCAAAGGAGCUGGCUAUGAUAUGGACGAUGAAUUCAUCGAUGAUUCGGCUGCAGUAAGCUUUUUUAUAAUGAAUAAUAAGAUUAAAACUGCCUAAUAUAGCAUGUUUUAUUUUAAACUUUAAAAAUUUUUUUAUUACUCAUGGACUCAAAAGUAAUUUUUUAGGUUAAAAAAGCUGUGCAACACCAGAAAACCCCGAUUUACAGUGGCUUCUUCGUCCAUAAAGGCCCAAUCCCACUGAAAGACGCGCCCCCACCAGUGGUUGAAUCGCCGAAAAAGAAGAGUAAAGCAACCAAGCCAUCAAGUCCGAAACAGAAGUUACGAUUCAAAUUUACCAACUUCACUCUGCCCGAAGACUCAGAAACGACUAAUAAAGCCAAUGGAAAUGAUAAAAAUAUGGCUAUUCCAUCGACUUCAACUCAAAAACCGGCCAUAAAGAAGACUCCAAAGAAGCCGGUUCUAGGCGCCAAGGAUAAUAUUCCAACUCAAAAUAUGAGCCCAAGAACCACUCAAACAGCCCCAGGAACCCCUCAGGAAAGCAACAAUGACCCAAACACCCCUGUGAAUAUUCGGAGGCAGAAAUCGAGCAAGGAAAAGGAGUUGAAACACAAGUCCAAAACUGCUCCAUCAACUCCACAACAAACUUCGGGCGCCUCAACUCCAAAUAGAGAACCCAGAAGACUCGGAAUGCCCCCAACUCUCAAACCCAACCCUAUCAGCUUCUCACAAGUGUCGGAGAGCUCAGAAUCCGGCCCCGAUCAAGAUCCACCAGUCAGAAGAAUGGUCGGACUACCUCCGAUUGCGAGGAAAAGGAAAUAA